AGAUGAUGCAGCGCUAGAUGCCAUGACCUGGGCCGAUUUCUCUACCAGGUUCAGAGCGGAGUUUGCACCGGUUAUUGAGAUGCAACAGUUAGCUAGAGAGUUUCAGGACCUCACCCAAACUACAGAGACCGUGGCGGAGAUCACCGCCAAGUUCAGGGAGAGGGCUCUUCUCGUUCCUCAGUAUGCAGCCGAUGAGGAGAUGAAGAAGACCCGUUAUCAUGAGAUGUUGCGGAGCGAUAUCCGCCAGUUUGUGAGCCGGUCCAGCUGUAAAACGCUGGAUGACAUGAUUGCUAGGGCUCGGGAGAGGGAGAUUGACCUUGAGAUGGAGAAGAAGAAGAGGAAACCGGAGGCGAUUUCGGGUACAGGUAGUUCGGGGAAAAAGCCCAAGGUUUCAGAUCAUAGAUCCAGGAGUCAGCAAAGUCACGGUCGAUGUGGCAAGUAUGGGAGAUUGCACGAUGGGGUGUGCAAGGCAGGGAGUUCCGGUUGCUACAAGUGCGGUCGGACUGGGCAUUUGAGCAGGGAUUGUACGGCCCCUGCUACCGCCAUUGCAGCAUCAGAUCUGAUUUGCUUUCAGUGCAAUCAGAGGGGACAUAAAAAGUCCCAGUGUCCGAGUUUAGCUGCAGCAGGGAAGGUGGCUGCACCUGCCCCUGCUACUUUGAGGAUUACAGAUGGCCGGCAGGGCCGAGCCGAGGCGCCAGUGGCGAAGAGUAGAGCUUUUCAGAUGACAGCAGAGGAGGCACGAGCGACUCCUGAUGUGGUGACGGGUACUUCCGCAAGUAAAGGGAAGAGCUCGGGAUGAUGGUAUCGCACACACCACAGCUUCAGUUUUUGUCAUGGGAGUUGAUUCAGUUUCUUGGAUAUGUUUGAUACAGUUGUGACACAGUCUUUCUCACAAUAUUUUAGUAUGGUUUUGGGAUACGUAAUGCAUGGUUUUAUUAUGUGA